ACAGUUAGAUAAAGAUGGCUUCUUUCAAUUAAUUGCCCCCAACUUUCUCGUCUUCUCCGCCUUCUUCUUUGAAUUACGUUAUACAUAUACAUAUAUAUAUAUAUACACAUGCAUACCAACAAGCACAUGCGUUUAACGGGUGGACCAUCGUCUUCACCAUGUUUGCUUCGCUGGGCAUAUUUACCAUCUACUUAUAGUUGUUACUCUCAGCUGAUACAUCAUUAUGUUUUUGUGAUUUCUCGCUGUUUCUGGAUCUCUCAAUGGGCAUUUUCAAGGCCAAAGGUGUGGUUUACAAGCCAGUGGCCGACGUCAAUCUCGGGCCCGACAGCGAUGAGGGUUAUCUCCCAGCGAACGUCAAAGCUCCUCGCAUGGCUGGAUUGCUGGUUAAAAUAUUCGCUUGGUCCCUGGAGUUGCCUAUUCUUGGUGGCAUAUUCUUGUACAUACUGAAAAGAAACAAUCUAAUACACAAGCUUGUUUCAUUUGCAGAGUUGGAAGAGUCACCUCUAUUUGUUCCCUUCCACCCUUAUGAAGAACUUAAAGAGCAAGAAGUCAAAUGCAUAGAGUUUGAUCUGUCCCCACCCCAACAAGUUCAAAAGGCCAUAGAAUGCCUACAGUAUUUAGAAAGGCCAGAAAAAAAUUCAGAUCUUAGUUUCCAUAGAUGGACAAUAUUGGACUAUUCAAGAGCCUAUACUUCAGGAAAGAUUACUCCUCUCAUGGUUGCUGAACGAUUUAUAGCUGCUACUCAUGAAUCAUCCAAACCUGCAUUGCGGAUGUCAUUUUUUAUUGAUUAUAAUGUUGAAGAUAUAAUAAGGCAAGCUAGUGAAUCAACCAUUCGAUAUCAGAAAGGAGAACCAUUAUCAGCUCUAGAUGGAGUCCCAGUUGCUAUCAAAGAUGAAAUAGAUUGCAUGCCCUACCCAACUACAGGAGGUACAAAGUGGUUGCACAAGGUAAGACCUUGUAUAGAUGAUGCAUGCUGUGUUAAGCGCCUUAGGUUAUGUGGUGCUAUACUCGUUGGGAAGACAAACAUGCAUGAGCUUGGGGCAGGAACCAGUGGUAUAAAUCCUCAUUACGGGGCAACUAGAAAUCCAUAUGAUCCCAAAAGAGUGCCUGGGGGUUCUUCCAGUGGAUCAGCUGCUGUGGUGUCAGCAGGAUUGUGUCCUGUUGCCCUUGGUGUUGAUGGGGGAGGAUCUGUACGAAUGCCUGCUGCUCUUUGUGGUGUUGUUGGUCUGAAGCCAACUUUUGGACGUGUCCCUCAUUCUGGUGUUAUUCCUCUGAACUGGACAGUUGGAAUGGUUGGUAUACUAGCAAGCACUGUGGAGGAUGCUUUUAUUGUUUAUGCAGCUAUCAGUGGCGAGCUUCUUCCAUCAUGUCAACCCAAAACAGCAGUGAUGAAAGUUCAUUUUCCACUGCUGAAAUCACCAAACUGUAUCUCUGACAUCAAAUUUGCAAAAUAUGGGGAGUGGUUUAAUGAUUGCACUGAUGAAAUCAGAAUCUGCUGUUCGAAUGCUCUGAACCAGCUUGAUGAACAUUACGGAUGGAAGACCUUGGAGGUGACCAUACCAGAGAUAGAGGUGAUGCGCCUGGCACAUUAUCUAACAAUUGGCUCAGAGUGUAGCAACUCAAUUGCAUGUCAUCUAGAGAAGCUGAAUAUGAAAGAACUAGGGUGGGAUGCAAGAGUGGCACUUUCUGUUUACGGUGCUUUCAAUAGCAGGGAGUAUUUAAAUGCCCAGAAAAUUAGGAACCGCCAGAUGCAGUUUCAUAAGAAAAUAUUUGAUGAGGCGGAUGCCAUCGUUACACCAACAGUAGGGGUGACUGCCUAUCCAAUACUGGAUGAUGCUUUAGAAUCUGGGGAACUUGAUUACGUCAAUGGAGCUGCACUUGUUCGGUAUCAGAUAGCAGGAAAUUUCUUGGGAUUGCCUGCAGUGACUGUACCGGUGGGAUAUGACAAAAGUGGCUUGCCAAUAGGUCUUCAGUUCAUUGGGAAACCAUGGUCUGAAGCUACACUGAUCCACAUAGCUUCCGCAAUGCAGGCCCUGAGCAUCUCAGACACCAGAAAGCCAACUGUUUUCUACAAUCUGUUUGACGAGGACUAAACCCGCAGUAUAUGGUAACAACGUCUGAAUUCUGAACUGGGGUUCUCAUUGAACGAUGACUUGCAAAAGUUUGUUAUAGUUUAUGUUCAGUUCUCAUCUCGCUAUUCAAAUGAUGGAAGCAAUUUCAGUUUUACUUGCUAGCUAGGCAGCAUGGUUUAAAUAACUAAUGCCUAAAGCCAUCUUAUUCAUAUAAGCUAAUGCUUCCAAUGUAUGUCUCUCUGAGUGCAGAGGAGGAGUUGGUCUGAUAAUUACUAUUACAUGAAUUGUUUUCUAUAUAGUGGGCAUCUUCUGGAUUUGGUA